AUGUACAAUGGUCGAACAGACCCUGUAGAGCAUGUAAGUCAUUUCAACCAGAGAAUGACAAUCCAUUCUAGGAACAAGGCCUUGAUGUGCAAGGUGUUCUCAUCCAAUUUGGGGCUUGUGGCAAUGAGAUGGUUUGAUGGCCUAGGGGCAGAUUCUAUAGAUUCCUUUAAGGAACUCACACGGACGUUUAGAUCUCACUUUAUUAUGUAUGAUAUGGUUCCUCGGUGCUUAGAUUCCCUAUUGUAUAUGACCAUGCGAGAAGGGGAGACCUUGAAAACGUACUCAAACAGAUACUGGGAGAUGUUCAAUGAGAUAGAUAGGGACUUUGAUGAUAUGGCCACAAGACCUUUCAAGGUCAAUCUAUCUGCCGAGCAUGGUUUGAGAAAGUCUUUGACUGGGAAACCUGCUAAUAGCGUACGUCAACUCAUGGACUGA